UUGGGAUUUUACAUUCGUGAAGGUAACGGAAGAGACAGGUGGGACGGAGUGUUCAUUUCCAGGCUAGCUGCUGGAAGUGUUGCUGAACAAAACGGACUUUUAAAAAUUGGGGAUGAAAUAUUGUCGGUGAACGGCGCUGUCGUUAACAGAAAACGACUCGAAGAUGUGGUGAUAUCUAUG